AUGACGAAGAAGCUCACAGUUCGAGCAGCAAUCUUCAUUAUGAGAGAUCAGAUGGAUGUGAUGUGCUGUAAAUCAGUAGGAACUGAUCUGUCCAUGCUGAAUAUUGAUGAUUUGAUGACAGAAAUCUCUCAGCUGAAGAAAGAGGUGGCGUUACUGGAGUCAAAGCUCAGACAGAGAGAUGAACUCAACACAAAGGAUGUAUCUGGUGUCUCUCUCUGUGGCUUUACUGAUCAAACAUCUACAGAUCUUCUGGUUUCUGUCUGUAAUGAAGACCAGAAGACAUCAGUGAAUCUGCUGGACUGUGGGAUAGAAGUGAAACAAGAAGACACAGAAGCAGAUGAAGACCUGAAAGUAGUAAAGGAGGAAAUUUCACAACUUAAUGAAAUGGAGGAGAAACCUCAUCAUUUGAUACCCAAGGAAGAAUCUCUGAGCUGCUCGAUUACUGUGAGGAAUUUGUCACCUAAAAGAAACAACCAGCAAAAGGCAACAGCCAAGGAUGCUCUUACUUGCCCUCAGUGUGAAAAGACCUUUACAUAUAAAUAUAAACUUAAUAAGCACAUGAGAGUCCACACUGGAGAAAAACCUUACAGAUGUGAUCAGUGUGGAAAAAGUUUCACGAAUAAAAGCCACCUUAAGGAGCAUACGAGAAUCCACACUGGAGAAAAGCCUUACAGCUGUGAUCAGUGUGAAAAAAACUUCAUUCGCAGGUCUUGCCUUAUUGUUCACAAGAGAAGUCACACCGGAGAAAAGCCUUACAGAUGUGAUCAUUGUGGAAAAACCUUCAUUCGCAGGUCUUGCCUUAUUGUUCACAAGAGAAGUCACACUGGAGAAAAACCUUACAGCUGUGAUCAGUGUGGAAAUACCUUCAUGGAUAAAUGGCAUUUAAGUGAGCACACAAAAAUUCACACUGGAGAAAGGCCUUACAAAUGUGAUCAAUGUGGAAAGCGUUUUAUUCGUAGGUUCGAUCUCAACGGGCACAUAAGAAUUCACACUGGAGAAAAACCUUACAGCUGUGAUCAGUGUGUAAAAAGUUUCAUUCGUAAGACUGACCUUAAAAUGCACGUGAAAAUUCACACUGGAGAGAAACCUUACAGAUGUGAUCACUGUGGAAAGAACUUUAUGAAUAAAUCCCACUUAAACGAGCACACAAGAAUUCACACUAGAGAAAAAUCUCACAGCUGUGACCAGUGUGAAAAGAGCUUCUUUCGUAAACUCGAACUCAACAGGCACAUGAGAAUUCACACUGGAGAAAAACCUUUUAGAUGUGACAAAUGUGUAAAGAGCUAUAUUCGUAAGAUUGAUCUCAACAGGCACAAGAGAAUUCACACUAAAGAAAUGCUUGAUGUAUCUGGUGUCUCUCUCUGUGGCUUUACUGAUCAAACAUCUACAGAUCUUCUGGUUUCUGUCUGUAAUGAAGACCAGAAGACAUCAGUGAAUCUGCUGGACUGUGGGAUAGAAGUGAAACAAGAAGACACAGAAGCAGAUGAAGAUUAUGUGAUUCAUUCAGUUCAAAAAUCUCAUAUUGUUCAUAAUGUUUUUUUUCUGUUUGUUUCAGACCUGAUGGAGCCAAAAGAAGAAAUCACAAAUGCAAGAGAACAGACAGAUCAAGAUCAGAAAGCGGUAAAGGAGGAAAUUUUACAACUCAAUGAAAUUGAAGAGCAACCUCAUCAUUUGAUACCCAAGGAAGAAUCUCUGAGCUGCUCGAUUACUGAAAGGAAUUUGUCACCUAAAAGAAAAAAAAAGAAAAAUUCAACAGCCAAGGGUGCUCUUAUUUGCCCUCAUUGCAGAAAGACCUUCACCUAUAACUAUAAACUUAAUGAGCACAUGAAAACCCACACUGGAGAAAGACCUUACAGCUGUGAUCAGUGUGGUAAAACUUUCAUGAAUAAAUGGCACCUUAAUGACCACACAAGAACCCACACUGGAGAUAAACCUUACAAAUGUGAUCAGUGUGGAAGAACCUUCACUCGCAAGUCUUGCCUUAUUCUUCACAUGAGACUUCACACUGGAGAAAAACCUUUCAGAUGUGAUCAGUGUGGUAAAAGUUACAUGAAUAAAUGGCUCCUUAAUAACCACACAAGAACCCACACUGGAGAAAGACCUUACAGCUGUGAUCAGUGUGGUAAAAGUUACAUGAAUAAAUGGCACCUUAAUUACCACACAAGAACCCACACUGGAGAAAAACCUUACAGAUGUGAUCAGUGUGGUAAAAGUUACAUGAAUAAAUGGCUCCUUAAUGACCACACCAGAACCCACACCAGAGAAAAACCUUACAGAUGUGAUCAGUGUGGAAAGACCUUCACUCGUAAGUCUGACCUGAAAAAGCACAUGACAAUUCACACUGGAGAAAAACCUUACAGAUGUGAUCAGUGUGGAAAGACCUACAACAGAAGUUGGGACCUUAAUGAGCACAUAAGAACCCACAAUGGAGAACAGACUACAUGUGAUCAGUGUGGAAAAACCUUCACUCGUAAGUCUGGCCUGAAAAAGCACAUGAAAAUUCACACUGAAGAAAAACCUUACAGCUGCGAUCAGUGUGAAAAGACCUUCAAGAGGAAAAUCCACCUUAAGGUUCACACAAGAUUUCAUACUGGAGAAAAGCUUUACAGAUGUGAUCAGUGUGGAAAUUAUUUUAUUCAUAAGUUUGAACUUAACAAGCACAUGAGAAUUCACACUAAAGAAAGGCCUUAAAAAGCCCCUACUAUGCGGUUUUCACGUUUAAAGAGUUCAGAUGCAAAACCACUAAAUGCCACCUUGGUCAAAGAGUUAAUAAUAUUAACUGAAAGCUCUGUCUUGGCAUGUAUUAUACGUUCAUCACAUACUUCUGCUUCAAAUUUGCUUAAUCCCAGCCUAAGACCAUUCAGAAAUACUGGUUUGUUGGCAGAAUCCAUUAAGAGUCUGAUAGAAAUGCUCUUUUACAAGAAAAGACAUCAGGGUGGUUCCAGACCCUUUUUUGGCACCCUACAAUUAUUAAGUCUAUUAAACUAUUAAACAGUUAGAGCGAAACAAACAAACUUGGCAAGUAACAAACAGGGUUCAAUGCAAAUAAUUUUUAAUAUGAUUCAAAUGUUUAUUUCUUUUAAUUUUGAUGAUUAUGACUGACAACUAUGAGUGAAUGCGACAGCUGAAACCCAGGUCUUGCAUACGUCUGUGCAUAGUGAUUCUUGAAGCACUGACUCCAGCUGCAGUCCACUCUUUUUGAAACCCCCCCACAGUUUUGAAUGGGUUUUGUUUCACAAUCCUCUUCAGGGUGCGGUUAUCCGUAUUGCUUGUACACUUUUUGCUACCACAUCUUUUCCUUCCCUUCGCCUCUCUAUUAAUGUGCUUGGACAACUUUCAAGUAAGCAGUCUUCCCCAUGAUUGUGUAGCCUACAGAACUAGACUGAGAGACCAUUUAAAUGCCUUUGCAGGUGUUUUGGGAUAAUUAGCUGAUUCCAGUGUGGCACCAGAUGUUUUCAAUAUUGAACCUUAUCACAAUAUUCUGAUUUUCCUUAGUUUUCAGUUAUAAUCAUCAAAAAUAAAAGAAAUAAAGAUUUGAAAUAUAUCAGU